AUGUACAUAUUGUCUACCACAGACUACUUCUCUAGAUGGGCUGAAGCUGUUCCACUCAAGAAAGUAAAAAAGGAAAUUGUUGCCGAUUUUAUCAAGUCGAACAUAAUUUUUAGGUACGACAUACCAAGAUACAUAAUCACGGAUAAUGGAACGCCAUUUGACAACAAGCUCAUGAGGAGUCUAUGUGAAAAUUUGAAAGUUGUUUCAAAGAACAAGAGAAACUGGCAUGAGAAAAUUGGUGAAGCUUUGUGGGCAUACCGGACAACCUUCAGAACUGCUACACAAGCAACUCCUUACUCUUUGGUGUAUGGCGUAGAAGUUGUCCUUCCGUUGGAGCAACAAAUUCCAUCAUUACGGAUCACACUCUAA